AACCGACCUUUAUGACAGUUCGGGAGUUUUCGGUAACGCAAGUUGUUCAAACUGAGUCUUGUUCCUUCCUCUGAGUAUCUGCAGUGUACCGUGCCGUCUCGUGCUCUUCCUUUUCCUGACACAAAUGCAGGUGUAGACAUUACAUUUGUCAGUAGAUGUUGCUUUUGAAUAACCCUAAAGAACUUGAAACCACUUGUGAGACUCUUGCCUUGAUUAGCAGGGGAAGAGCGAGAGGGAAGACUUACCAGACAAGAUCCAAAACCAGUGUGACCUUUGCCUUUCUAAUAAGGUGACUCAGAAACUCUGCAUAGAGGACUCCUAGCCAGAGCUGCUUGGUGCAGGAGUUCGAAGAUGCAUCAAGACUGAUAGUGAGGACAGAAAAAUCUCCUUGAAGAAGAGUACAGCCUGAACUAUUGGCCAUGUCUAUCACGGAUCACAGCCCCACCACCGGAGUGGUGACUGUCAUUGUUACCCUGAUCGCUAUUGCAGCUCUGGGAGCCCUGAUCCUGGGCUGCUGGUGCUACCUGCGGCUGCAGAAGAUCAGCCAGUCUGAGGAUGAGGAAAGCAUUGUGGGCGAAGGAGAAACCAAAGAGCCCUUUCUGCUGGUGCAGUACUCUGCUAAAGGACCUUGUGUGGAAAGGAAAGCAAAGCUAACUCCAAAUGGCCCAGAAGUACACAGCUAACUCGGAGCAACACAUGCAGAUGGACUAUGCUCGUGACGUGUAACCAGCAGAAGCAUCUCAAUACUGUGAAAAACCUGGUCACGUGCACACCAUUCAUCGCAACACACCCUGAUGAGAAUUAAAUAAGCUUUGUUUGCAACUGCGUGCACUGAGAAGUUGCACUGUGCAUUGACUGUGUAUCCUAAUUCCUCAAUGGCAGGAGCUGACUCGCCUGGCAUAAUGUCCGUUGCCAGCAAUGGGCACAGGGAUACUCUGGUGUGAAGAGACUACUACUGUUUUUUGUUACUUGAAUGUUUAGCUGAGCCUAUUUUGAUGGAACUACUACUGUAAUGUAAACUACUUUACAACUGUGAACUGUAAAUAGGCUGCCAGAAACUUCUUGCUUUGUGUUCUGUAGCAUAUGGGAAUAUGAUGCACUUGUAUGUAAUACACAAGGGGACUCCAGACCUUCAAAACCAAAUCUGCAGUUAAAAAGCUUGCUUCUGCUAUGACAUUGAGUGUGCAGCCAUUAAGUCAGAACUUUGAACAGUUUAUUGGGCUGAUGCAGAGUACUUCAUUUGAAAAGGGAUAAGCAUUUAGUCAUAUGCUGAGGGAGGACACACAGGAGCUACAAGAAGGAAGAGUUCCUUUAGUUGCAGCUAUGUUGUUUAAGCUCCAAGCUGCUAGGACUGAGUUCUCUAUGUAGCUACUGCAAGGAAACUGCCAUUUUGAUGGAUUCUAACAUGGAAACUAAUGAUGGAUACUGGACCCUCAGGGGAAGUCCAGAAGGUUUCCAGGUGUUUGAAUGGCAGUAGAGCAGACUUUUUCUCUUCCAUAGGUCUGUGUGCUGAAACUGCAGAAGUGAUUACUUAGCAAAACUGGCUUAAGUGCAACUAGUAUGAAUUCUUCCCAGAACCCUAGUUUGUGUACUUAGCAGAUAGGGUGUAUGUUAACAGCCUGUUAUAAAAAGGUAUUUUAGUCUACAGUCAGCCAACUCUAGAAUUCAGUUAAUGUAUCUUGUAUAUAACUUUUGAUUGAACUGUACUACAACAGGAGAAGUUUCAGUCUUUUCUACUGUUGGUAGGGGCAAGGGUUAUUGCUGGUCAGUAGAAGUUUUUAGCUAGCAAUGGCCAAGUCCUUCCAGAGAACAUACAUUUCCUGCUCUGUGCUGUAGUUCAGCUAUACGAACUGUAAAAAGGUGUUAAAUGGGAUGUUCUGGACUGCAAACGUCUGGGGGGAAAAGCCAGAAAGGGGAGGAGAAGAAACAACAUUGAGCAACCAAUGGCAGCUUACAUAUUCUGAAACUCUGUGUAGGCACACAUGCUUUAGAGGUCACUGGCCUGUUUUCUAUUACUUUAUACAUGGCCUCCUUUGCAUACUGGUAUUUUUAAACACUUAAUUGCCUAGCCUUAAUUCAGCUCCAGAGGAAGCAUGAGAUUUGCUUCUUGUACCUGUACAUAUGGAAUAACUUAAGGCCUAGCAAGCUUGCUUGAGAAUUUUAACUAUAUGCAAGACAAGAAUGGCCUAGACAGUAAGUUGUCCCCUUCUUUUAUACUAAGAGGUUGAAUUGCUUUGUUAGUGCUACAUUUGUGGUUUUUAAAUUGAAAGCUAUAAUUUGAAGCCAAAUAAAUGCUGUCAGUAGCAAAAAAGUAGCAAAAAGCUCUUGCUGUUGCCUCUUGAGUACAACAUAUGGGGUACAGCUGAUAAUGUUCUUAGCCUGACACGUGCUUUUUUAAGAUGCUACUCUUAAGAGACUUGCAUGUAUAGUCAGACCUGUACACUUGCUGUAUUCCAGACCUUUUAAAAGCAAAGAAAAAAGGAUUAAUUCAGUAAGACUUCCUUUAGUUUUCAGUAGAGAACAGUUCACACAUGGUUCUUGUGGUUUCCAGGACAGUCAGAAUACCAGUAUACAAAAGUGAUACAAAGUGCUGGAAGUUAUAGAACAGAACAGUUGUAGCAAGAUGACUUUGUCCAUUCAAGUUUACUGAUUACACAGAUGAAGUAUCUAUUUUAAUUCAGCAAAGAGAAUGCAGUGUAAAGGGCAAACUUCAGAAAUUAUGGAAAAGUAUAAAUCAAAGGUCUAAUUUCCCUUCUAGCAGCUGUAAGAGAAAGCCAGUGAAAACUAACUGGUCCUUAGUCAGAGGUGCUUCACUGUUGCCCCUACAAACCAGUAUCUUUAAUUUAAAUGGAUAGGUGUUUGCAAGUUAGUGCAAUAGUAAAGUGCAGAAAGUGUUUUCCGUUCUCCUCGUCUCUUAAGAUGGGGGUAUCUAAUAAGUUGUUCAAGUAUAUAAAAAUACUCCAUUUGAUUUUUCUUUUUCUAGAUCAUGUGGGGGAAGAAGUCUUUAUUUACAAUGAAUGUCAAUAAAAUUUGCAUAAAUACCUACCCAA